UCCUUAUGUACGCGCUGCGUGACUUUUCUAGACCCAAAAUCACUGUUAACUCUCCUCUCCCUAGAACUCUCCCUCCAUUUCAAACCCUAGAAUUCUAUCUCUUUGUUUCGUCCAAAUCGUUCAAUCGUCCAAAUCUCUCCGUCCAAAUCGUUCAAUCGUUCAAAGAGCUUCGAUCUGGUUCCUUCCAACUCCCCUCGUGCGAAAGUUUCAACCCCGAUCUACAGAGAGAUAAAAGAUGGCAGAUGAGAGAGAGGACGCCGACAUCGUACUGUGCUUGAAGUUCUACAUUCAUUUCGAUCGUCAAUUGUGCAAGUAACCUGCGAUUGCCAAACAUACUCCUGCGCCAAUCCAACCACCACGAGCGUAGUAGGUAACCAAACUCGGAGCCACCACUAUGAUGAUGCUGAUGAUGAUGAUGAUGAUGAAACCUGGUAGAUCGAGCCAAUCUGGAGAAAUAAAGCAAGUAUUAGCAAAUGGAAGAGCGGUUUUGACAUGGCACCUCCUGCUUCUGCAAUGUUAACUUCAGCUGCAGAACGUAUCCAAAACCUUCCUAGGCUGCUUGAGGAUAUAGUCCAGACAUCCAUAAAUACUGGUCCUCGUGGAGCCUUAAGACUAGCUCAAGGAGUACAAGCAGUUGCUGGGGUUGGUAGUGAGUGGCUAACUGAUGUUUCAAAGUGGACAAAUACAUCAGCUGGUUUACCUCCUGAAUUACAGUUGGGAUUGCUUUCUCCCUUGUACCCAAGGAAAUUGGUUGAACGCCUAGGGGCAACUCUGCAUUACCACAUUCAAAGGCUAAAUUUUUGGUGAUUUUCGUGUGCAGAUUGUUAUUGAAUAUUCAGAAGAAUGGAGUUCACGGAUGCUUAUAAGCAGACUGGGCCCUGCUGUUUUUCUCCCAAUGCUUGCUACAUUGCUGCAGUUGAUUAUCGUCUGGUGAUUCGAGACACUCGGUCAUUUAAGGUGCUAUAGUUGUCAAUUUGCUAUUUUUUGCUUUCUACUUACUAUCUCUAGACUUAUGUACUUGAUGAAGGAAAUAAUGCCCUUGGUCCAAGUAU